UCCACCCGAGCCUCCGCCCGCGCGGCCAAGCGAGCGCCGUCGGGGCGGGCGGGGGACAGAGCGCACGCCCACCACGUCCCUGCCCCCCUCGAUGGGCGCGGGGGCGUCCCGGCCGCCGCAGCCGCCGCAGGAGCCCGGCAGAGCCGUUGUCGCGGAUCGCUCCGCAGCCGCGGGCCGCGUUAAGCCCAUCCACAGUAAUGGCCACAGCCUUACCUAGGACCCUGGGAGAGCUGCAGCUGUAUCGAAUAUUGCAGAAAGCUAAUCUGCUUUCUUACUUUGAUGCCUUUAUCCAACAAGGUGGUGAUGAUGUCCAGCAACUGUGCGAAGCUGGAGAAGAAGAAUUUUUGGAAAUCAUGGCACUGGUGGGCAUGGCAAGCAAGCCCCUUCAUGUUAGACGGCUUCAGAAGGCUUUGAGAGAUUGGGUUACAAAUCCUGGCCUUUUCAACCAGCCAUUGACUUCCCUUCCUGUCAGUAGCAUACCCAUCUAUAAAUUACCAGAGGGAUCACCAACAUGGCUGGGAAUAUCCUGCAAUAGUUAUGAAAGGAGUAGCAGUGCCCGAGAGCCACAUUUAAAGGUCCCUAAAUGCGCUGCCACCACCUGUGUUCAGAGCUUGGGUCAGGGCAAGUCAGAGGUGGGAAGUCUAGCACUGCAGAGUGUCAGUGAAUCCAGACUCUGGCAAGGACACCACACCACUGAAAGCGAGCAUAGUCUCUCCCCAGCAGACCUGGGCUCCCCAGCCUCCCCAAAGGAAAGCAGUGAAGCCCUGGAUGCUGCCGCCGCGCUCUCUGUGGCCGAGUGUGUGGAGCGGAUGGCCCCCACGCUGCCCAAAAGUGACUUGAAUGAAGUGAAAGAGCUGCUGAAGAACAAUAAGAAGUUGGCCAAAAUGAUUGGUCACAUCUUCGAGAUGAGCGACGAGGAUCCACACAAGGAGGAGGAGAUCAGAAAGUACAGCGCCAUCUAUGGGCGAUUUGACUCCAAAAGAAAGGAUGGUAAACACCUCACAUUGCAUGAGCUCACGGUUAACGAGGCAGCUGCUCAGCUGUGUGUGAAGGACAAUGCCCUGCUGACGAGAAGAGAUGAGCUUUUCGCCCUGGCCAGGCAGGUUUCUCGAGAAGUUACCUACAAAUACACUUACAGGACCACCAGGUUAAAAUGUGGUGAAAGAGAUGAAUUGUCUCCAAAGAGAAUUAAAAUGGAGGAUGGAUUUCCGGACUUCCAGGAAUCUGUGCCAACACUCUUCCAGCAGGCCAGAGCCAAAAGUGAAGAGCUUGCAGGUCUCAGUUCACAGGCUGAGAAGGGGAUGGCAAAGCAAAUGGAGCUCCUGUGUGCCCAGGCCGGCUAUGAGAGGCUGCAGCAGGAGAGGAGACUCAUGGCCGGGCUCUACAGGCAGAGCUCUGGAGAGCAGAGCCCUGAUGGCGGCCUUCCUUCUGAUGGCUCCGAUGGACAAGGAGAAAGGCCUUUGAAUCUCCGAAUUCCUAGUGUGCAGAACAGACAGCCCCAUCAUUUUGUGGUGGAUGGGGAGCUCAGUAGACUUUACUCCAACGAGGUGAAGUCCCACUCAUCAGAGAGCCUUGGGAUUCUAAAAGACUAUCCUCACUCUGCAUUCACCUUGGAAAAGAAAGUUAUUAAAACAGAGCCCGAAGACUCAAGAUAGCUGAGAUUCUCCCCCUGCUCUCUGGAAAUGACACCAGAUCCGAGGAUAUGCUCCAUCGUAGAUUAAGCCUUAAUAACCAGUGUUGCCUCAUUCAGCUCCCAGACCAUAGCCAAAGCGUAAGAACUCACACAGUCGUCUGUGGGCACCAGGACAAAGCAACAGCCACAGAAGAGGGAACCGAGAUAGCAUUGCAAAGUAACGGGCACCGACCGGUUACCUUCCUGUGUAAGUUGCUUGUGUGGAAAGGCUCAAUACCGUAGGCAUUCACUAUUUAAGAAUGUACAAUGUGUCUGUAAUUUAUAGAAGCAAAUCUAGGUGUUGAUACCUUGCAGUCUAAUAGACGUGGAUCCCACUUAUUUUACUUGAAAUUCUGUUGUCGACUUUAAGUGUAUUUACCGUAAAUGUUACUUGUCAGCAUUCAGAACUUUCACAGUCCUAGAAAGAAAGCCUGGGCAAUGUAGUUAUUUGCAAGGUGACUGGAGAAAGAAGAUAAAUACAAAGUUUACACCAAGGAGAAGACCCAUGUGCUUGCUACUUGAUAACAUUGAUGUUGAUCAAUAGGAAAUAGGUAGCUGUCAACUAAAUAAUGUCACUUUCAUUGGUUUAAUCAAUGCACAAAUUAAAAAUUGGUAGUAGCAUUCCCAAGAUGCGGUCGGCUACAUUUAUGACAGCUGCUCAAGAUGUAACAGAAGUUGGACAGAGGACUUGAAAUAAAUGGGUUACUGUGUAAAGCCUUGACUUAAACAUUGAUAUUUCAGAAUGUGUUAAACAAAUUAAGGCAUAGUAAGUUAACCCUAAAUGUGAUAAAGAUGAUGAUGUUGGUGAAUUGACAUGGCGUGUGUGUGUUUUUAGUUCUGUUUUAGAUCAUGCUGUCAUAGAUAUGAGUUCCUAAUCUGUUAUACUGAAAUCUGUUGGCCAGAUGUUCGAUGAAAUGUCUGCACCGUAAGCUCUAAGCACUGUCUCAUAGAUAAUCACAUUUCAAUUUGAUCUGUAAGAGUUUUACAGUAAAAACACCAGUAAACAGCGUUUCUACUAUUACAAGGCUUUUUCCUUCCUAAAUGUUUCUAUUGGACCAUAGAUUCUUGCCCACUGAAGAAGUAUCUUAGGGACCACGUGCCUCUGUUGCUACUGUGAGGUUGAUUACUGUGGUCUCACUAUCCACUGUGUGUAGAGCUAGUGCAAUACCAUUUAAAUAGAGUGUUUAGUUCUAAUCUUAGCCACAGUGCUGGCUAGUGCCCCUGUACUCUCAUGAACUGUUUCCUGUGUUCCAUAAUCUAUUUUGAGAAAUUUUGUGGUCCUUUUUGUUAAAAAAAAAAAAACUAUGCCAUACAGUUCAAGUUUGUAGAUUUUAACACGCAAGUUUUAAAAGAUGCAGUGGUCUUCCAGCUAAUAUUUGUUUCUCCUGGACCUAGAACCUGCAUUUUUAAAUCCAGAAUUAAGUCUCCUUAAGUAGCAUACUUUUUUGACUUCCAAGCUUAGAGAUAAAGAAGUGUGCACGCACACUCAUGUAGAGCGCGCACGCGUACACACACACACACACACACACACACACACACACAAAUUUUCAGUAGAAUACAGUUUUUAUCUUGUGAACACUAAUGUAUUAAACUUGCUAUACAUUAAAGCAAAUAAUAUAUAUUUUUAUUUGGUAAAUAUAAAUUAGAUGUUAUAACUAGUUGGGUUUUUAUUUUUAAUUUUGUUUAAGAUAUUUCCACUGAACAAGGUCAAUUGGUUACCUCAGUAUUACAGCCAAUAUAACCCAAGGGACCAUUUCUCCCUAAGUCUGUGUUAUUCUUUAUUGUGUGAAUUCUGCAUUUUUGUGAUUCUUAAAACUGUUGAAGAGAUGAGUGCACUUGCUUCCUGUGGCAAUAAAGGAGUUCUCUGCCUCACAAAUCCUGGCUCAGAGUGCUUGCAUAGCACGCGAUGUUCAUCCACACCGCCUCCUUUACAGCAUGUCAGGGGACAGGAAGAGCUUCUAUCUUUUUCCUUUUUGUGACACUGAGAGUUGAACCCAGAGGCUCUACCACUGAGUGAUAGUCCCAAUACUCAUGUUACUUUUUUAUUCUGAAACAGGCUUACUAACUUUCCCCAGCUGGCCUUGAACUCACUUUGUAGACCACAAAGGUGGUGGUCACACAAGGAGGCCUUUCCUAGUGUGUGGUUCGUACAUUUCAGUUUUGAAAUGGCAGAGUAUUUCUAGCACAGGACCAUUUUGUUUUCGGCUUUGAUGCUGCUCUGAAUCUUCAAAGGAAAACCAACCAGGUUGUCAACCAAGUGAGAGCAGGAGCCUGUGUCUGUCUCUUGUAGAUGGGAGAAAAUACGACAGCCAAUAUUUAAUGAAAGCCCACUUCUGACCCAGCUGUGCGAAGUUGGUUCUGGGAAUCCAAGCGCAUGCAUUUGCUGUUAUCUCUGGGCAUUCUCAUGAAUGACAUUCUCCAGUGGGCUUCAAAUUAACAAAGGAUGACUCAGCAUCCUGACACCAUUAUUGAAAACACACAUCAAUCUCAAAGACCUUGAUGAUAGCUAUUUCCAUAGUCACUUCACAAAACAAACGUUCCUGACACCUAAGUGAUCAGAAGCUGACAUUAUGCUAAUGUUUUCAUUUCAGAAUGUGUGAUGGCUAAAUCUUUAGAUCUAUCAUCCCUGGAUUCUCCUCUGACUGACUUACAAAAAUGAAGAAAGCAAUCACUUGGUUCUUGUGCAGAAAAUAUGAAUCAGAAUUUAAGUUUUUAAUUUUUUUAAACUAGUUUUAUGUUUACUUACAUAUAUUUUUCUGUCUUUUUUUUUUACCAUGGCUUUAGAAAGAAUGAUAAAUAAUUGCUGGUUUUGUUAUAAAUUUAAUAAAAUUCCUUCUUUUUUUCCUAUUUUCA